GUCACGCGGUAGUAUUGUGACUUGCUGUUUACCUUCAGAGCCGACAGCUAACCAUACUGUCAGACUUUCAGGAAUUUUAAACUAAUAUUUUAAUAACAUGUAUCCCGAGGACAUUGGUAAACACGUCGCGGGCUGAACACAACUAAAUGUAGAGCAGUGCUAAGUGUUCAAGAACGGUUUUGAUUUUGGUCAGCUGACCACCUCUUGAGAAACAGCAUAUCAGGCCAUGGCUGGCAGGGAUGUAAACGAGAGCACUCCUCUUUUGGACAACUCUGUGGCUUCAACCAGAUCGGAGUCAGUGUUCAAUGGCAGGAGACUGGCCUGUGCUGCCAUACUGCUGGCAGAGUCUUUAGAGAGGAUGGCCUUCUAUGGCAUCACCUCGAACCUGGUGCUCUUCCUCAACAGCAGCCCCUUCUAUUGGCAGGCCACUUCGGCCAGCCAGGCCCCCUUGAUCUUCAUGGGUGUCACUUAUUUGAUAUCGCCUUUUGGUGGCUGGCUGGCGGAUGCGUGCCUUGGCAAGUUUGCAACCAUAGCCUUGAGUUUAGUUCUGUACCUAAUCGGGAUGCUGCUUUUCCCCUUUGUGGCCAACGACAACACCAGGACCUCUCUGUGUGGAGAAGAGAUGGCGUUCCCAGUGCAGCCGGCAGAGUGUUUUCCUGAAAAUGGGACUGUGCCCGCCAAUGUGACCUGCAUGAAUCGGCCGCCCUACUGUGGGCCUGCGAUAUUCAGUGGUCUGGUGCUGGUGGCCGUUGGCGUGGGAGCUGUGAAAUCAAACAUCACUCCAUUCGGGGCAGAUCAGGUGAAGGAUCGAGGUCCAGAGGCAACGCGGCAGUUCUUUAACUGGUUCUACUGGUGCAUUAAUCUUGGAGCGAUCUUCUCGCUGGGUGGAGUAGCCUAUAUUCAGCAGAACGUUAGCUUCUUUAUUGGCUACAUCAUCCCAGCCGUCUGCCUCGGGGUGUCCCUCAUCAUCUUUGUUCUGGGCAAAAUGGUGUUUAUAACCAAACCUGCAGACGGCAGUGCCUUCAGCGACAUGUUCCGGAUCCUGGCCUCGGCCCUCUGUGGACGCGGGCCAAAAGAACCAAGUCUGCUCAGGCCAAAGCCAUCUCUACUGGAUGGCGCAAAGGUGACGUACGGUGGGCGAUUUUCAGAGGAGAAGGUGGAGGAAGUGAAAGCGCUGGUUAAAAUACUUCCUGUUUUCCUGGCACUCAUUCCGUACUGGACUGUCUAUUUCCAGAUGCAGACCACAUAUUAUCUCCAGAGUCUCCAUCUGACAAUUCCUGGAGCCGAUCCCAACUCCACAGACUCCCACCCGAAUACCUUCCGCUUCCCAGCAGCUUGGCUGACCAUGUUUGACGCCGUGUUGAUCCUCAUGUUGAUCCCCCUCAAAGAUAAAGUGGUGGACCCCAUCCUCAAACGCAAAGGCCUGCUGCCCUCCCCUCUAAAGAGAAUCGCUGUGGGCAUGUUCUUUGUCAUGUGCUCGGCGGUGGCAGCUGGCAUUUUAGAGACAAAGAGGCUGGACAUUGUCCACACACGAGGUCCCAUCCCACAGUCUCUCGGUGGAGUUACCUACUAUGCAGCCGAUCUACCCAUAUGGUGGCAAGUGCCUCAGUACAUCCUCAUUGGUGUCAGCGAAAUCUUUGCUAGUAUUGCAGGUCUGGAGUUCGCCUACUCUGCAGCCCCACGCUCCAUGCAGAGUGCUAUAAUGGGCCUGUUCUUCUUCUUCUCUGGAAUCGGCUCCUUUGUGGGAUCAGGACUACUAGCUAUCGUCUCUCUCAAAAUCAUCGGCUGGAUGUCCUCGCAUAAAGACUUCGGUAACAUCAACGAGUGCACACUGAAUUACUACUUCUUCCUCCUGGCUGCCAUUCAGGGAGUCACACUCCUCGUCUUCCUCAUUGUGUCUGUGAAGUAUGACAAGCAGAAGCCCAGAGCAGGGAGCAACAGGGUGUCUCUGACCAACUCAUGACCCCCAUCAUCCUCACCAGCCGUACGUUCACCUCAGCCCCCUGUGUUUACUGGAACUGGCCAUUCUCUUGCAGUUUUAAACACGCGAGACAAAAAGACAAAAGAAAAGAAAACAAAAAAAUGUCCCCGAUAAUUACCUACAAAAUAUUCAUAUGAAAUGGUUGGAAAUUAGGUUUGUCCACUCCAUCAGUGAACUGGAUUAUGACGUGUUUGUUGUAGUGUAUACUUUGGGCAACACUUGUUCAAAAUGUGGGAUUUUUGUUGUUUUGACUAUGUCAAUGAGAUUUACAAAUUCACUUACUCAUAAAAUGAAUGUGGUUUUUAAAUUGUUUAUGAUGGGUUGUACAAUUGAUCAUUGGUUUAAAUUGAAUAUUUAUUGAACCUUUUAUUUUCAUAGUUUAUGCUCGACAGGGUAAGACAAUACUUUUGUUCAGAUUUAUUUAAAAUUGUCCCUCUGGGCAUGUUUUAUGGUACACCUUUUUUUAAACAUAAUUUUAACAAUACUUUUUAAAC